AUGGCAACUAAAAUCAUUAACCUGACAGUCACUUCUGACUCACGACAAUACCCAUACGAGAAGCGAUAUCCCUCUUCUAUAACCCUUCUCGAACUGAAAGAAAAAUUAGUGUUAGUUGUUGGUGGUUCGAUUGAGUGCAUGCGAACAGAUUUGCGUGACAGGAAUGGGGAAUUUAUAUCAUCGUUGACUGAUGAUCAGGCUACACUAGAGAAAUUAGGCGUAACUGACGACUCGGUGCGUGCGUGGAAGCGACGUUUGAAAAUAAAGUAUAAUGCACUUGCUGCAGCCGAAAACGAAGCAAAGCAAUUCAAGAUUGGUGAUCGUUGUGUGGUACAUGUAUCGAAUCAGAAAGAGCGAAAAGGAAUCGUAUCCUACAUAGGAUCAACAAAAUUUAAAGAUGGUUGUUGGAUUGGUGUCACAUAUGAUGAACCGUUUGGUAAGCACGACGGAAGUAUUGAUGGUGAAAGAUAUUUCACUUGCCAAAAUAAUCAUGGGGUAUUUGUACGACCUCGCGAUGUGAAGAAAUGUGAGGACGAGGAAAUGGAAGAAAUAUAA